CAACCAUAGAGUUGAUCACUUCAGAAACCAAGGAGAGGUCAACUUGCAAAGCAGGAGGGAUAUUCCGAGCCUGGCAAAUUCUCUGUUCCUUCACUAAAAGGGGUUGGGUAGAGAUAUCUUAUGCGGUCUGGAAAGUUCUCAAUAAGAAUUCUAUGUCUUGGCUCUCUGCUCCUCCCUGUUCCGGAGAUCGCCGCAUCUUCUUGUGCAGUGCCAGCCUCGUCCUGUAGACAAAAUGGUGAAGGUCGGUGUGAACGGAUUUGGCCAUAUUGGGCGCCUGGUUACCAGGGCUGCCUUCUGCUCUGCAAAUAGCAAAGUGGAGAUUGUUGCCAUCAACGAUCCCCUCAUUGACCUCAACUACAUGGUCUACAUGUUCCAGUAUGACUCCACCCAUGACAAGUUCAAUGGCACAGUCAAGGCUGAGAAUGGGAAGCUUGUCAUCAACGGGAAGCCCAUCACUAUCUUCCAGGAGCGAGAUCCCGCUAACAUCAAAUGGGGUGAUGCUGGUGCUGAGUACGUCGUAGAGUCCACUGGCGUCUUCACCACCAUGGAGAAGGCCGGGGCCAACUUGAAGGGUGGGGCCAAAAGGGUCAUCAUCUCCACCUCUUCUGCUGAUGCCCCCAUGUUCGUGAUGGGUGUGAAUCAUGAGAAAUAUGACAAGUCACUCAAGAUGGUCAGCAAUGCAUCCUGCACCACCAACUGCUUAGCCCCCCUGGCCAAGGUCAUCCAUGACAACUUUGGCAUCGUGGAAGGGCUCAUGACCACAGUCCAUGCCAUCACUGCCACUCAGAAGACUGUGGAUGGCCCCUCUGGAAAGCUGUGGCGUGAUGGUCGUGGGGCUGCCCAGAACAUCAUCCCUGCAUCCACUGGUGCUGCCAAGGCUGUGGGCAAGGUCAUCCCAGAGCUGAACAGGAAGCUCACUGGCAUGGCCUUCUGUGUUCCUACCGCCAAUGUGUCCGUUGUGGAUCUGACAUGCCGCCUGGAGGAACCUGCCAAGUAUGAUGAUAUCAAGAAGGUGGUGAAGCAGGCAUCUGAGGGCCCACUGAAGGGCAUCCUGGGCUACACUGAGGACCAGGUUGUCUCCUGGGACUUCAACAGCAACUCCCACUCUUCCACCUUUGAUGCUGGGGCUGGCAUUGCUCUCAAUGACAACUUUGUAAAGCUCAUUUCCUGGUAUGACAAUGAAUACGGCUACAGCAACAGGGUCGUGGACCUCAUGGCCUACAUGGCCUCCAAGGAGUAAGAAACCCUGGACCACCCACCCCAGCAAGAACACUGAGAGCAAGAGAGAGGCCCUCGUUGCUGAGGAGUCCCUGUCCCCCACACUGAGCAUCUCCUCACAAUUUCCUUCCCAGACCCCCACAACAACAGGAGGGGCCUAGGGAGCCCUCCCUACUCUCUGAAAUACCAGCAAUAAAUGUUCGCUGCAC